UGAAUAUUCAAGAGUCAUCGGGCGGUGGCAGUGAAGUCACUCUGCAGCGAGACCGACGCUUUUCCUAAUCGGGCCGGCAGUAACGUUAGGCCGGAGAAGCUUCAUAUCGCAGUCACAAUUCCGUCUCUUGACAACCUCACCUCUGACCUCUGUCUCAUUUAUAAAGCAUCUUUCCUAUCUAUCGAUUCUUUCUCUACUCCCCUAUCUCCCAUUGCAAUACCCAAGACCUUCCCUCCCCCCAUCAUGGAGGUCGCUCCCCAACCCUCCGGUGCCAUGGACGCCUCCAUGGACAUCGAUAUGGACCUGGACCUAGGCCCCCUUCCCGAACCAGAGCCAAUUGAAGCCGAGCCCGCGACAACAGCUUAUCCCCAGGACGGCACAGUUGACCACCUUGCUGAAGAGGCGCAGUACGAAAAAGUCCAUAUCAGAGGCGUCGACGAACUUACUACAGAUAACAUUAAACAAUUCGCCACCAGCCACUUCUCCCUUGAAGCCCCCUCCCGUAUCGAAUGGAUCGAUGAUACGUCCGCAAAUAUCGUCUACUCUUCACCAGAAGUCGGUCUACAAGCGCUGUCAGCUUUGACACAAAUCAGCGAAGAAGAAGACAUGUCUGCGCUGCCGUCUUUUCGUCUACGGUCGGCCAAACUUCUCUCUACCCAUCCUGACUCCGUUUUGCAGGUGAGGUCGGCUGUGAAGACAGACCGGAAAAAAGCUCGUGCACACGAAGCGAGUAGAUUUUACCUAAUGCACCCCGAACACGAUCCCCGAGAGCGGCUGCGACGAGAACUCGCCGUUGGAAGACGUCAGGGAGGAGACAAUGAUGGUGAUUACACACGAAGACGUUUUGAUGGACGGGAGCUCCGACGGCGGAAGGAUCGUGAUGAGGAUCAAGGAAUCAGUGCCGACAUGUACGAUGACUCGAACACUGGCUAUUCUGACGCAGACCGAGGUCGCGAUGGAGGGCGCCGCGGGCGGAGCGAGUUGUUUCCAGAUGAAGGACGCUCUGGAGGUCGCCUCCGCAAUCGCAGUGCGUCCCCAGGAAGGGAUACUUUGGGUGAGAGCGGACGAUACGAAGAUACUCGGCAUGACUCGCAUAGGCGAUUCAGAGAGCGAUCGCCUCGUCGCAACAGAGCCAAGGAGCUUUUCCCAUCCAAGUCGGGCGGCGAAGGCGAUUCGAGCACACGGGAACUAUUCCCCAAUAAGCCUACCUCGAGUUUUCUCAAAAAGGAACUUUUUCCCAGCAAAGUUAGCAACCACCGUCGAUCCGAUGCAAUCGAUACACACAAUGACCCUGCGGAUCUUUUGAAAAGGUCCGUUGGUGACAGCGAAAGUCAUGCACAGCGCAACAAAAAUGUUGAGCUAUUCCCAUCGUCCAACAGAAGCGGUGUCAAUAUUCGGGGGUCAGCUGGACACAGUGGCCAGGACCAAGGAUUUGCUAUUCGGGGAGCCUCAGGUGGCAUGUCAAUCAAGGGAAGGGGGUCAUCUGUUCGAGAGCUCUUCCCAUCCAAAUUCGGCGCGAACCCAGGCAAUGCAGGCAAGGAGCUGUUCUCUGAAAAGAUCGAAGGACGGGGAGGACCACGACGCAGGGCGGAGGACAUGUUCAGUUGAGAAUUUAUAUCGAAGCAUUUACUGUAUAACAAUAACGACUUUGACAUCGCCUUGAAAAAUUGAUAAAUAGAGGGAGCAGUAACACGAUGGACCGAUAUCCAAUUUAAUGCCAAUA